AUGUUACACAUUUGUCACUAUAUUAUAUACUAACACAAGUCGAAAAAAAUAUCUCCUUAAUAAUUUUCCAUUUCCUAAACCAUUUUUACAAGGUGAGAAAAAAACCAAUCAUUUCAACCACUUAAAGAUUGAUAUACAUAUUGCAGAAUGCCAAACAAGCAUGAAUUAUCAUCCACAUGUCAUGUGAAGAUAGGUUAACUCACACUAGCCGCAAAUGAGACAUCACUUGACAGUUAUAAAUACUGAGAAAGCAGUGAAUGUUUUGUGUGGUAAACAAGUUGCUGUUGGAGAUAAGAUAUACUGCAGUGUGUGUGUGAGUGAGUGAGUGUGUGUUUGAAACUAUGGCUUCUGCUUCAGCUUCUGUUUUCAAAUCAUCUUCACUUGUUCUUGACAAGUCUGAAUGGGUGAAGGGACAAACUCUCCGUCAGCCUAUGUCCGUUGUGCGAUGCAGCCCGGCCGCGCCAUCAAGUCUAACCAUCAGAGCUGGUGCUUAUACUGAUGAGCUCGUCAAGACCGCGAAAACAAUCGCUUCACCAGGGCGUGGUAUUUUGGCCAUGGAUGAAUCCAAUGCUACCUGUGGGAAGCGUUUGGCGUCAAUUGGGCUAGAGAACACGGAAGCUAACCGUCAAGCAUGGCGUACCCUUCUGGUGACAGUUCCAACACUUGGAGAGUACAUCUCUGGUGCCAUUCUCUUUGAGGAAACUCUCUACCAAUCCACAGUUGAUGGAAGGAAGAUUGUCGAUGUGCUUGUUGAGCAAAACAUUGUUCCCGGUAUUAAAGUCGACAAGGGUCUGGUGCCUCUAGCUGGUUCCAACGAUGAGUCAUGGUGCCAAGGUCUUGACGGUCUUGCCUCUCGUUCAGCUGCAUACUACCAGCAAGGUGCCCGUUUCGCCAAAUGGCGUACUGUUGUGAGCAUCCCCAAUGGUCCCUCUGCUCUGGCUGUCAAGGAAGCAGCCUGGGGUUUGGCUCGCUAUGCUGCAAUUAGUCAGGACAACGGGUUGGUACCAAUUGUGGAGCCUGAGAUUUUGCUUGAUGGAGAACAUAACAUUGACAGAACCUUUGAAGUAGCCCAAAAGGUUUGGGCUGAGGUUUUCUACUACCUUGCUGAGAACAAUGUCCAAUUUGAGGGUAUUCUCCUCAAGCCUAGCAUGGUUACUCCCGGAGCCGAGUCCAAGGACAGGGCCUCUCCUGCAACAGUUGCUGACUAUACCCUCAAACUCCUUCAAAGGAGAAUUCCCCCAGCUGUCCCUGGUAUCAUGUUUUUGUCUGGUGGACAAUCUGAGGUUGAAGCAACCCUCAACUUGAAUGAAAUGAACAAAUCUCCAAACCCAUGGCACGUGUCGUUUUCAUACGCAAGAGCUCUCCAAAAUACCGCAUUGAAGACAUGGGGAGGCCGUGUAGAGAACGUGAAGGCAGCACAAGAAGCGCUCCUUCACCGCGCCAAGUCCAACUCACUUGCUCAACUUGGAAAGUACGCCGGUGAUGGUGAAUCUGAGGAGGCCAAGAAGGAACUAUUUGUCAAAGGCUACGUUUACUAAAAUGUUGGUAGUGAAUAUUAUGAUACAUGUUAUGUUAGACAGCAGCACUAGCAUUUAAUGAUGGUGUUGACGGGGGAUGAAUAUUAUUAUGUAAGAAGACUAAUUUGUCGAAAAUGUGUAAUAUUUUAUAGUCUUGGAGACUAUUUUUUAUUUUUUGUUUGUGGUUAUAUUACAUGCACCUUUACAACUUCAAUAAAAUCUUUUGCGAUGAGUUUGUA